UUCACUGAUAUUGUGAUCAUUUACAUUCCCUGUUCUAUGACAUAAUAAUUAAAAAGAGAUUUUAAAACUGGUGAAUAUAUUUAACCAACUUUACAUUAACACUUAGUCGAUCUUGUAGAGAGUUCAUUAUUUAAAAAUAUUAUUAUGACACCUACUUAAUUAUAAAAUAGCCUGUAGGUAGGUAGAUAAUGUGUGAACUUGUUGGUCGUGAAACCCAUUCAUUGGAAAUUACGUUGGUAAUACAAAUAGUUGUUUAUAAAGUCUGCUUCGUUCUUGUGACCUUUCUCUUCUUUGCUAUCAAAUAAGUUAAAGGUUAGCCCGAGUAAUUUUUAUUAAAAUAACCGCAAAAUAUCAUGACAAUAAUGAGUGUACAAUGUUUAAAAUACAGUGUUACCAAACUUUUACUUUUCGCUUUACUUGCACAUCAACAAUUUAAUUAUAUUUUCACGGCAAACACUGAAUCCGUUGAAGUGCCUUUUUUUUUCUCUUGUCAAUUGAUAAACGAUGCAGAUGCGUAUUGUGUGCCUAUAAAAAACUGCCAAAUCGAUCUAAAAUCCUUGAAUGAAUCUGAUUUAAAUGAAAGACGAUGUGGGCCUUCAAACGAAAACAGGAAGAAUCCUCUUGUUUGUUGUGAAACAAACCUAGUUGUAUUUUCUCAACCUAAAACAACCACUCCAACGUCUUCUGCAAAAUGUGGAGUCCAGAGUAUAGUUUCUAAUAGAAUUAUCGGUGGAGAAACUGCAGAAGAAGCCGAGUUUCCUUGGUUAGGAAGGAUAUUACGAAGAGACUCCAUUGGUGAUUUGAUUUUUAGUUGUACUGGGACACUUAUACAUCCCAAUGUUGUGUUAACAGCUGCACAUUGCUUGGAAUCUAAAGAACUUGUCGAAAAUGGAGAAUUAUAUGCCGUUUCAUUAGGCGAACAUGAAACUAGUUGUAGUUCCCCAGACAGUAGCUGUUUAAAUAACAAACAAACAAUUGUGGUAUCUGAAUACGUCAUCCAUCCAGACUAUGACUCCAAUUCUUAUAAUCAUGCCAACGAUAUUAGUUUAAUUAUUUUAAAAAACAGAGCUAAUAUUACUGAUUACGUUUCUCCUAUUUGUUUGUUAGAAAAAAACGCGAAUGUGGUAGAGUACACUGUAUCUGGUUGGGGAAGAACCAAUAAUGAAUCGUCAAGUGUGAUUAAAAAGAAGACGGUUAUACCACCGUAUUCUUGGACUCUAUGUUCUCAAAAGUAUCAAAGUGUUAAUGUAACUAUAACAAAAAAACAAAUUUGUGCUGGUGGGGUUAGAGGUAAGGAUACGUGCCAAGGCGAUUCUGGAGGACCACUUAUGACACUGAAGAAUGGUAGAUGGUAUGCAGCAGGUGUGGUUAGUAUAGGAGUUGGGUGUGGAACGGAAGGAUGGCCAGGGAUUUACAUCAAUAUACCCAACUAUGUGGACUGGAUCAAAGAAGUUAUACGUGUAAAAAACCUGUUAUAAGUUUGUAAUGCAACGAUCCUCCAAAAAAAAACUGUUAUAAAUAUAUAACUACCUACUGCAAAAAUGUAUAAAGCUCACCUAAUAUUAAAAAAAAAAGAUUAAUAAAGAUCUAUAACAAGAAUAUUUUUUCUUAAUAAA